CGUGGCUGGAUUUGCCAAGUUGACUUCACGCCACUGCGUGUUUUAAGUGAUGACGCAGUUUAGUUGAAGGAUGAAGUUUUUAUUUAAUGCCUAAAUUUUAAAAGGUCAUUGCCAGCAGGUUUUUUACGAUUCUGCUAGUUCGAGGAAAUCAGUGGAGAGUGAAGAUCGAAGUUCGGAAGUUAAAGAUCGAGGAGAAUUGCCUUCUACGGUGAAACGGGUUUUGACCUUUGUUUGAUCCUUAUUCGGAAGGAUUUCGUUGACUAUCUUCGUGUUAAUCCCUGGGUAACCAGAAAGGAUUGAAGGUAGUGGAGAAGGAAAGAGAAGGAUCCAUUACCCAAAUCUGUAUUUUCUGAGAAUAAGCAGGAGCUGAGGUGUGCAUCUAUGUAUUCUGAAUCUGAUAACCAGGUCCAGGGCACGUACACCAGUGUCAUUCCUCCCCCUCCCAGCCGAACACAAGUCAAAAAGGUUUCUACCGGUGUGCCCCAUGAUGUGGUAACACAGCGAGUGCCGGCAACAGAACAGCAGCAGGAUUCGGUUUCCCCAGUUGUCUCUCCUCAUCACUCACCACCAUCUUCACCAGUUGCUUGGAGGAAACAAAGCAAGCAGCAUCCUAGUGGAGGGUCGGUUGCUGGUGAUGGAAUGUGGCCAGCCCACUCUCCCCCUCCCAACCAAGAGAACUGGGUGAGUUUUACUGAUACACCUCCAAGCAGCACACUUCCAACAAUGCAUCCUGCUUCUGUUCAGGAACACACAACUGUAAGGACUGUAGCAUCCGCUACAAAUGCCAUGGAAAUCCGUAGGCAGUCCAGCGGCUAUGAUGAUCCUUGGAAGAUUACUGAUGAGCAGAGACAGUAUUACAUCAACCAGUUUAAAAAUAUUCAACCAGACUUGAAUGGCUUUAUUCCAGGAUCUGCAGCUAAAGAAUUCUUCACAAAGUCCAAAUUGCCAAUUCUCGAGCUUUCUCACAUUUGGGAGCUAUCAGACUUUGACAAAGACGGCGCAUUGACAUUGGAUGAGUUUUGUGCAGCUUUCCAUCUUGUAGUGGCCAGAAAAAAUGGAUAUGAUUUGCCAGAAAAAUUACCUGAAAGUUUGAUGCCAAAGUUGAUUGACCUUGAUGAUUCAGGAGAAGUCGCUGACCAGGUUUCUGAAACUGGCUUCUCAUCCUCGCCUCCGGAAGUACCCCCUAGUAAAUCACCGUCCAUGCCCUCACUAAACCAGACGUGGCCAGAGCUGACCCAGGGCAGUGAGCAGUGGGAGACUUUUAGUGAACGCUCCUCAAGCUCGCAAACUCUGACCCAGUUUGAUUCUAACAUUGCACCAGCUGAUCCUGACACAGCUAUUGUUCACCCUGUUCCAAUCCGCAUGACUCCAAGUAAAAUUCAUAUGCAAGAGAUGGAGCUGAAAAGAAUUGGAAGUGAACUUGCACACCCAACUAGUCCUUUGCUUACGAACUCGCCAGAGCUUUCAGAGGAGACGAAGCUGGCUACCACUGUGAAAUUUGUUGCAGGAAACACUGUCGAUGGGUACAGCAGUUCAGAUUCAUUUGUUUCUGAAUCUGAACAAAUUGGAAACAGCAUAACCCGGCAACGUUCGCAUUCGGGCACUUCUCCAGACAACACGCUAAAAGCUGCACCUCCUCCACCUCCGCCAAGACCACAGCCUUCUCAUUCAAGGUCGUCUUCACUAGACAUGAGCAGAAGCUUCUCUGCAAGCAACACAGGACAAGCACAGGCUGGAGUUGUUGCCUGUCCUCCUGCCGUGCCUCCAAGACCACAGCCUACACAGGUCACUGUGCCUCCAUUACAUCGGCCAGUAGACGUUGAUGGUCAUGUGGCUCACAGCAGCACCUCGCCACAGCAGAUGCCAGAGCAGCCAAACUUUGCUGAUUUCCGUCAAUUUGAAGCGUUUAUAUCCAAGGGGACAGAGCAGCAAAUGGACGAUGCAGACAGGCAUUCUGAAACUGUGCAGCCUGAGAAGCCUUCAGAUUCAACAGGCACGCUGAGAACAGCAAAGCUAGCUGGUUCUAGUGAUGAAAAGCCAUCUGGAAACACGGUUAAAACUGCAACGUGUCUUGUUCCUCCUCCUAAGCCUGUUCGUCGGAGACUGCAGUCUGAAGAAGAACUCCGUGGUGAUGCAGAUGAGCUUACACAAAAAACCAGCAUCAUCAACACUGUUUUAGUCUCCCACUCGUCUGUUUCAAGGUCAGUUGGCAAAGAUAAAAAGUCGGUUCAGGCUUCGAUCAGAAGAAAUAAGGAAACUAACACAGUGCUAGGCAGGCUCAACAGUGAAUUACAGCAACAACUGAAGGAUGUGCUUGAGGAGAGAAUCUCUCUGGAGGUGCAGUUGGAGCAGCUACGACCAUUCUCACACUUGUAACACAGGAGCUUCCCUGGCCAUGUGGACGAAAUGAAAAGGUCAUGUUUGGUGCCGAUGUGCCACUGGAUCCUAACUACUCCUGCAGGCAGCUUUCCCUCUGCUCAGCUUCGUGGGUCUACUAUGCAGUGAUAGUUUUCCAUGGUUCAUUUCAUAGAGCCACUCACUUGGAAUGUGGGUGUCAUUUGUUUGAAAAGAGGGAGAAAGAAGAUGAGGGGGCUGUAACGAUGGUGAAUAUUCAGCUCCUGGGGGCGAGGUAUAGAGGCAAGUAAAAUAGUAUUGGAUUCUACAGAGCAGUGAAAUAUACAAUUCCCCUACCCAUCUUCCCCAUCCCACUCCCCUUCAGACUGGUCAUCAAUUCGGCCGGGAGAAAUGGCUUGCCAAUGAGAGUUUUUAAAGUAAGUUAAGUAUGCCCGUUGAAUCCUUGAACCACCCUGGUUGAAGGAGGAAAGCUGCCAGAGUGUUUCAGCAUUUGAAGCUCUGUGUUCAUUCAGCUGCCGUCAAGUGGCUUAUAAUUACUUUGGUAAAAUAGUGAGACGUGAUGGAAGAGCUACAGUGUGCUAGAGUGGAUAUAUAUUUCCCUGUAUCAGUGUUGGAAGGAGUGUCUCAGUGCUUCUCUGCUACUCCUGAACUGUGUAGCUGUCCUUUUGGGUGAGGCUGCUUUCUGUCUGUGCAGCUUCAGUUAAAAAGGGGGCUUCCUUUCUGGCCAUUCAAAGAAACUUCUUUAAAUGUUUCUGAUUGCAUUACUACAGCAGAACACUAAAGAUUGUCCCUAACCAUUUGGAGCGACCUUGGGUGGUGGUGUAGGGGUUUGGUUGGAGAUAAGUAAUGAAAUAUUUUGCACUACUGAGUAUGAGUGUAUUCAUGCAUUUCUAAUUAGGGUUCAAAACCACUUUUUUAAAUUGGAUGGUGUAAAGCAUAAUAUAUGUUUGGAGUCGGGGUGAGAAUGUAGAUACCACCACUAAAGAUUUUUGUUUGAAAUAUAAAUUUAAGCUAGUGAAUUGUGAAGGACCACCAGCCAGUUUAUUGAUGCCAAAGCAGUCAGUCUGUUUGAGCAUGUCAAGAAGAUUGUGGUGAGCUGACUUUUGUUUUAAUACUGAGUGCACUGGACUCGUUAAUAAAGCUGCCGUGUGGCCAUACCCCGUUUGUUCUGUUGUAAACAUUCACAUGGGGAAAUAACUGUGGCAUAUACCACAAAUGUGGGUAUGGAUUUGGGAGGGGUGCGUGUGUGAGAGUGUGUGUAUACAAACACCAUUUACUUGGAGCAAAUCAGUGUGCAGUCCAUGCGAGUAGUGCAUUAAACAGGUGAAUCUAUACUCUCUCCCCUCCAGCCUCCACACUCACUGCAAGUGACAGUGUGUCGGACUUGUUGAGAUCAUUGUGACUUAGGGAAGAAAACGUUACUGUUUGUGUGUAAGUUACUGCUUUGCGGUUCUGUGAUGUCUCAGCACGAUUCUGUCUGAAUGCUAAUGACCAACUUCUACUCACUGCGUUUUUAUUCCACCCACAGAGCAUUCAGAGUACUAAUACAGUCUACCACCUCCCUGAUACAGCUAUGCUCUUCAAAUCUAAUACUCAGAAAUUAAUUGAAGAUUGUACAGAACUAGAGAAUUUUUCUUUAAAUUAUUAUGCAAGGAGCAAGAUUUUAUGAUUGCCUUCAUUGUUCAGUAUUCUAAGGAUUAGUGUGAUUGCAGUUUCUUAUCUCUGUAUGUUUUCUUUAAAGAGAGGAAGAUUCCUUUCAAUUUGGGACUAUUUUUGAUUUCUGCAACUUCAAGCCUUACUGUUCUGGCUUUAUAGUUUGAUGGAUGGGGAUGUUCAUACAGACAGGGAGAAGGGAGGGUGCUUUCCAUUUUCAUCCAACGAGAGCCACCUUGCUAUUCAGGUCAAUGUACUGUAUAGGCGAAUGAUGUAAAUUGUAUGAUAAACACUUUUGGAUUUUGUAUGUAAAUUUACAUUAAAGUGCUGACUAACAGCAAAUCUAUUUAAUUGCUUAUUUUGGCUCUGGGGUCUUAGGUGUUAAAGUGCAUGGAUGUGUCUUGGCAGAGCAAAGUAGCAACUGUGAUUUUUACACAAAUAAAACAGCACAAUAUUUUAUCUGA